AGGCGACCAGUUUUUCUGUCAGCUGUUCAUAUUUGUCUUUAUGGGUGUCAGUAUAACAUUGUCGAGCCUGAGUGCAGGGAUGGAUGAUGGGGGUAGUUUUCCCUUUCCGUACGUUUUUACUGGCUUUGUUUUAGGACCUAUUCUUCUUGUCAACCUUAUAUCCAGAUGGUAUGUCGUAAGAGCUGUACAAAAGAAAGGGGUUACCAGAAAGAAUAUACUGGAAAUACUGAAUAAUACAACAUUUGGUAAACAUAUCUGGCCAUGGUCCUGCCGGGUGGGAAUGUUGUGGUGUAUUCCUGGCUCAAUACUUACAGGACUAGGUGGAGUAAACUGCGGAAUAGAAGAGAACCAUGAUAACGCAAACGUCACUUCCAGAGUAAAAAAUAACUGUUACUAUGAUAUUGAAGGAGUACACGGCGAAAUGUACAAAGGCUUAGCUAUAGGAUUAGUGGUCAUACACGUGUUUUCGUUUGUAUACCUGUUGCUAAGUAACUGUCCCGUGCAUAGUGUGCUUGAACAAAUAAAAGAAGACCCACGAAGAACAACAGCGACUCCGGCCAAUAAUCGUCCCGCUGCGGCCCCUGCUGCCACUGCCACUCCUGCUGCAAGCACACCACAGGCUUCAGGUAAUGGUGGAGCAGGUCAUGAAACAGAAAUGAAAACUAAGAUACAACAACUUGAAAAUAGAGUAAGAGAACUUGAGAGUAGAGAAAGACAAAUAAGAGAAUUAAGUGUGCUACCUCCACCACCGACAUACAACGAACUGAUGAACUCUGAUGGCUACAAGAGUACCGGAGCCCAUCCUGACAAUACUUUCUCUUAACUGCUUUACAGAAACAACAUUGAACAAAGAUAUUAUGUGAAUGAAAUGUACAAACAAAAGAACAAAAAACGUAUCACAAUCAACAGUAAAUAGUUUAUAUGUAGUAGUUGUUCCCUGUCAGAUGCAUUUUUGGGCGUUGUAUCGUAUUUCAUUCAUACUGAACACAUAUUUGUUUUGUUUUUGAAGAUGGCAAGAAUAUAAUUCAUUUAGAGUUUUAAAUCAAAAUUUACAGAAUAUCAAGACUGUGUGUGUAUAUAUAGUGGGUAUGAGGAUAAAAUUAAUUCACCAUGGUACAAAAGGCGAAUGCUUUUUAUCUGUAGUACCUCGGGUGUUUCUUUAAAAGUCCUUUCAUGAUAACAAAUCAAAACGAUACAUCAAGCAGAUAUUACUAUUUGUAUUUUGCAGGGAUAUAUGACUGUAUGUUUUAAUUUAUCGAUUUUUUAUUCUAUUGGAAAGUUACUUACACAUCGACACAAACGUGUUUGACACUUUGUGUGUUUUAUAUCAUUUAGGAUACUAUAUACCAUUUCAACCAUUUAUUCUAUAUCGCAAAUGUAUCUUUUAUUUUUCAUUUUCGUUCGAAAAGGGUUUGUUUUUUCUUUUCGUUAUAAUGACAAGUUAAUUAUAAUUGUUCUGUACUGUACUUAACGUUGAGAUCAAUCAAAGCUGUUCCGUAAGGUUAUUCAAAUGUCAUUUGUUUAUUAUAUCUGUUACCAAGGAGAAGAAUUCUAUAAUACUGGUAUUUUGUUCUUAUCCUUUCCUUACUAUCAUGUUAACUUCUUGUUGUAAUUGUACAAAUCUAUGGAAUAAAAAUGUUUAAACUA